AUGCACCCGUGCGUUGCACGUGGCGUGCGUGUGGACAUGGGCGUGGAGGGAUGGACGGGCGUGUGGACACGGGUAGCCCGGCUCCGGGCCCCCCGCAGCACCCAACCGAGUCCCCGCGUGGGUGCACGCCUGGGGUUGGGCUUGGGCAAGAUGGACUUCUCGCUGGCUGCGGCGCUCAACUCGGAGUUCAGGGAGACGCGCACCAACGAGAAGGUGGAGAUGAUGGAGCUCAACGACCGCUUCGCCAGUUACAUCGAGAAGGUCCGGCUCCUGGAGCAGCAGAACAAGGUGCUGGUGGUGGAGCUGAACCAGGCGCGGGACCAGGAGCCUUCGCGUCUGGCCGACGUCUACCAGGAGGAGCUGCGUGACCUGCGGCGCCACGUGGAGCAGUUGGCCACCGCCAAGGCCCGUCUGGAGAUCGAGAGGGACAACCUCGCCGAGGACCUCGGCAGCCUCCAGCAGAAGCUGCAGGACGAGGUGACCCUGCGGCUGGAGGCCGAGAGCAACCUGGCUGCCUACAGGCAGGACGUGGACGCCGCUGCCUUGGCUCGCCUGGACCUGGAGCGGCGGGUGGGGACCCUGCAGGACGAGAUCGCCUUCCUCCGCAAGGUCCACGAGGAGGAGCUGCGGGAGCUGCAGGAGCAGCUGGCGCGGCAGCGGGUGCACAUCGAGGUGGACGCGAGCAAGCCGGACCUGACGGCCGCCCUGCGCGACAUCCGCAGCCAGUACGAGGCCAUGGCCGCCAGCAACGUCCAGGAGACCGAGGAGUGGUACAAGUCCAAGUUUGCAGACCUGACGGACGCAGCCGCCCGGCACGCGGAGGCCCUGCGCGCGGCCAAGCAGGAGGCCAACGAGUACCGGCGCCAGCUCCAGGCCCUCACCUGCGACCUGGAGGCUCUGCGGGGUUCGAAUGAGUCCCUGGAGAGGCAGCUGCGGGAGCUGGAGGAACGCUACGCCCUGGAGACAGCCGGCUACCAGGACACGGUGGUGCGGCUGGAGGAGGACAUCCGCAGCCUCAAGGAGGAGAUGGCCCGGCACCUGCAGGAGUACCAGGAUCUGCUCAAUGUCAAGCUGGCCCUUGACAUCGAGAUCGCCACAUACCGCAAGCUGCUGGAGGGCGAGGAGAGCAGGAUCACCAUCCCUGUGCAGAGCUUCUCCAACCUGCAGAUCCGAGAGACCAGCCUGGACACUAAAUCCGUGUCAGAAGGCCAUCUGAAGAGGAACAUCGUGGUCAAAACUGUGGAGACCAGAGAUGGAGAGGUGAUCAAGGAGUCCAAGCAGGAGCACAAGGAGGUGGCGUAG